CUCUCAUCUCGCCGGCUUUACAUGUAAGCUUUAGAAGUAUGGAUGAGGAGGUAAACGGACUCGUUCGCAGUGGAUGGUCUGCGGAGUAUAGCGUGCCUGCUUGUGACAAUUCUCGUCCUAGGAAUACCAGCCUACAGAGGGUCUUCCGCAGUGGUGUGGGUGGUCUUGCUAGGGUUUUCAAUUUUGGUGUUUCUACUGUCCUGGACUAUGUUUCUCGCCUGAGUGCAGCACGGAAGUUGCAGGGUGGCCAUGCCGUGGGUGAAUCCGGUGCAAUUAAGACGGAAACGCUGGAAGAGCAGUUACGCAUUGCGAGGGAAUACACCGAUAAGAUAAUGGAUUUCUGCGCUCGAGAUCCAGAAUGCUUGGCCUUUGCUGCUCAGCUCUAUGAGAAGAAUACGAGUGAGCAGAAAUCGAAAGCGAACUAAAGCCUUCUGUCCUCCAAGCGCGAAAAAUACUCGAGUGGUGUAC